AUGAAGAAGAGACAAGUGGUGGUGAAAAGGGAUGUGGCCAAUACUACAUCAUCAGUGAUGAGGAACAUUCGAUAUGGGGAGUGCCAGAAGAAUCAUGCAGCAAAUAUUGGAGGGUAUGCUGUGGAUGGUUGCAGGGAGUUCAUGGCAAGUACAGGGGAGGGAACUAGUGGGGCACUUACUUGUGCUGCUUGUGGCUGCCAUCGGAACUUUCACAGAAAGGAAGUGCAAACUGAGGUUGUCUGUGAGUACUCUCCUCCUAAUUCUGCUCGCUAA